AGAAUUUCCAACCGCAUCUUCACCCAAGUGUUUGGAGAGGAGUCCCCGAGCGAUGCGUCCAUCCGUCUGAAGAAACGCCCACCGAUGACCCCUAGAGCCUCCGGAGGGGGUUGCUGGGGAUGUGUAGCUUGGGGAGUCUCACUGGGUUUGUGGCCACAAGGGAGAAUCCCAGCAGUCAUAGGCUCAAUCCUGAGCUCUCAACAGCUUGAGAACCUACACUGUGAGCCACUGCAACUUCGGCAGUUCAUCAGCAUGGGGAGAGGGGACAAGGAAGAACGGGACAUCCCUAGCUCAUAAGAAUAAAAAGUGCAUUACAGAGCGCAGGAUCUACCACCAAAUGGAUACUCUAGGUUGUAAUAUGUAAUGUGAAUUCUCAGUCAACCCGGGCUUGAUCAUGCAAGGAUCUGAGUCUUCUCAACUCCUGAUGACUUCAGUGGGACUUAAGUGUACUCAGCACCUCCCCAGAUUGGGCCCUUACACGGUGAUCUUUACAACAAAACCUGUUUGUUUUUGAGGUGUCCUUGGACUCCUGGAAGGAGAACUUUCUUCUUGGCUGGAUCCUGGUACAUAUAACUGAUUUGGGCAACAAUUUGAGAAUUCUGUGAUUUUACUUUCCAAUCUCUGCAACUGUUAAACCUCCUGGAAAAACUGGAAACGUGCCUUACAUGAAAACGUGUGAAUCAGGCAAAGAAGGAAUACGAGUGAAAAUCCCGAAGACUCACCAGUAUGUGAUGCCCAAUGAUGAGCAGUAGCUACUGCAGCAACGCUUCAGCCAGCAUGAGUGUCAACGAAGUGUCUGCCUUCUCACUGACUUUAGAGCAAAAAACUGGCUUUGCCUUCGUAGGGAUUCUGUGUGUUUUCUUGGGACUACUUAUUAUUAGAUGCUUCAAAAUCUUACUGGACCCGUAUAGUAGCAUGCCAUCUUCCACCUGGGAAGAUGAAGUCGAGGGUCUUGAUAAAGGAACGUUUGAAUAUGCUCUUGCAUGAAAACUCAAAAGAGUAUCCUGCCUUACUUUUGAUGUUGAUUUCAUUUUGAAAACCUAGUACUGAUACAUUUGUACUAUAAACCUAUGUUUUAAAGAUAUGAUGGUGGCAUCCGUUUUGUUAAAUAAA